AUGGCUGCAGACGAUAUUGCCCGAGAACCUGCUUCUGAACAAACACCCCUGCUUCGGGAUGCUCCCGAUGCCAAUGAGAAUACCCCACCACCUCAGGAACACAGUACAAAGGAGCUGAUUUGGAUCCUCGGAAGCAUCUGGCUCGGUGUCUUCCUGGCUGCUCUCGAUACUACAAUUGUCGCGACUCUCUCUGCGCCCAUUUCUUCGUCCUUCAACUCAUUCUCGCUGCUCUCAUGGCUAGCCACCUCUUAUCUGAUCUCCAAUGCCGCCUGCCAGCCUCUCAGUGGCCGAUUGACUGAUAUUUACUCGCGUCGCUGGGGGCUUGUGUUUUCCAACAUUGUAUUCGCCAUUGGCAACUUGAUCUGCGGCCUGGCAAGUGCGCAAUGGGUUAUCAUCCUUGGUCGCGUCGUGGCAGGUGUCGGAGGAGGCGGUCUUACUGCAAUCUCGACCUUCGUCACUUCGGACCUUAUCCCUCUUCGCAAGCGAGGCAUAUGGCAGGGCAUCGGAAACAUCUGCUAUGGUGCUGGCAUGGGACUCGGAGGUGUGUUUGGCGGGUGGAUCAACGACACUCUGGGAUGGAGAUGGGCAUUUUUGCUCCAGGUUCCCUUCCUGCUCAUCUCGUGCGUUCUAGUCACAAUUAAAGUCAACAUUCCUGUGAAAGAGUCGGAUACCGCGCGCAUCAAGCGCGUCGACUUCCUCGGCGCUAUCACUCUGGUUCUGACACUGGUCACAUUAUUGCUCGGUCUCAAUACCGGCGGAAACCAGGUGCCCUGGACCCACCCGCUGGUUGUGUCAUCGCUGGUUGCCUCCGUCGUCUUCCUGGGUCUCUUUAUCUAUGUGGAAGCCGAGGUUGCUUCCGAGCCUGUCAUUCCCGUGCGCCUUUUGAUGGACCGCACUGUGGCAGCUGCUUGUCUGACUAAUUGGUUCAGUACCAUGGCCGUAUUCGGCUUGCUAUUUUACCUGCCGGUGUACUUUCAGGUGCAGGGACUUUCCGCGACUGCUGCGGGUGCGCGCAUAAUCCCUCAGGCGAUCGGCACCUCAAUUGGCUCUUUGGGAUCGGGUUUCAUCAUGCGUGCCAGCGGUCGGUAUGCACCUCUCAACUAUGUUGCCAUGGCCAUUUCAGUUCUUUCCGCCGGGCUUAUCUGCACUUUGAAUCUUUCCACGCCCGUGGGACUGCCGUUCCUCUAUUUCUUCCUAGGCGGUGCAUCCUAUGGUAGCAUGCUGACCAUCACCCUGGUGGCACUCAUUUCUGCCGUGGACCACCAGCACCAUGCGGUUGUGACAUCUGCUUCGUAUGCGUUCCGUAGCACCGGAAGUACGCUUGGUAUCACGAUCGCUUCGGCCGUCUUCCAGAACACGCUGAAGCUCGGGCUUUGGUCUCGACUGGGCGGACGCGAUGACGCCAAGGAGCUGAUUGGACGGCUUCGAGAUAGCUUGGACGAGAUUUGGAAGAUGCCCGCAGACUUGACACCUGGAGUACUUGAUGCAUACAUGGACUCCUUGCGGGCGGUAUUUGUGGCAUUGUUGGGCGUGGCUGUUCUGGGAUCAUUGACUAGUCUCGCCAUGAGAGAGCACAAACUCCACAACAACCUGGCCCGACGCUAG